AUGCCUACCUCCACGCCACCUUUCGAUCAGCCCUACAUUACUUUAUCGUGCAUGUCGACAUCCGCGUGCCGUGUCAAUGGUCAAUGGGAAGCUGCUUGGCUGCGUUACACGGAACAUAGAGUGGACUUGCGGCUGUCUUGCUGGGAGGACGGGCAGACGAGCUACUAUUAUAUUGCUACCAGGUCUUCGCACGUACUCAUUGUCCGUUACGAAGCAGCUCCCCAAAUUAUCUAUGGAGUGCUCGUCCCUAUGGUCAUAAAUCCACAAUCACAGACGCAAGUUGCCAUCAAGCAAAUCUGCGUGGCUGGCCCCUCCCUUCGAUGGAGGCCGGAUUGUCUUAGACAUUUCUAG